AUAGCAGCAGAUAAUAUAUUCCAAAUUAGAAAGGCACUAGUGUACGACAAAUUCAUUUAUGUAUUUAUAAUAUUAUAAUAGAAAUGUAUCAAAAAAAUUAAAAAUAUUGUCACUUCAAACAUUUUGGAAUUAAGUAUUAUCUCUAUAUUUUAAAAGAAUAUUUAAAAUUCAGUACAAGUUUGAGGUUAUAAAGGUUAGAAAGUGACAGCAUUUAAAAAACAAUAUUGCUACAUAUAUUUUUAACAAUAUAAGAUUAAAAAAGUUACUGUAAAAAUGCAACUGUAUAGAAAUAUCUCGAAAUCGUUGUUGUCAUAUGUUGAAUAUCCUGAUCGUAACAGGCUCAGAGUUGUGCCAAGAGUGCCUAUACUUCCACCUCAAACAGCACCUUAUCGAAUGCAAAAGAAAUUGAGAUUAAUGCGUGGUCCAGAGGAAUAUCACAAUACCCUUUUACAUAAACAAUAUGGCAUAGUAGCGACAAGUGGUGGCAGAUUCAGAUACCAGAAUUUCGAAAUGAUCCGUAUGACAAUUUUAAGAAAUGUAGACUAUGAUAAAAUAUUUGCAAUUUGGAGAAUACCUACACCUUGGCAACCUAUCACUAAGAAGGCUCAAGGAACGCGAAUGGGUUCUGGAAAAGGAUCCAUAGAUCAUUAUGUUACUCCAGUAAAACCAGGACAAAUUAUCAUAGAAGUUGGCGGUCCCAUAGAAUAUUUCGAGGUGAAACCUGUAUUAAUAAAUAUUGCGAAAAGGCUACCUUGCCAUGCUAUGGCAGUUAGUCAAGAAUUAAUGGAUAAAAUGGCAGAGGAGAAGAAAACAAUGAAGGAGACAAAUCUAAAUCCAUGGACUUGGAAAUAUAUCAUUCAGAACAACAUGCUUGGCUGCCACAAAUGGAUCUCAAAAUAUGACAGGAGAUGGUUUAAUGAAUAUCUUUAAUUUAAAAUGUAUAUACUGUUUAAAGCAAUUAAAUGUCAGUCUGAUUUUUAUAGAUAAUUCUCAUAUUCAUUUAUCAGUCUCAAUUACUAUCUUAAACUUCAUUUUCAUUGUUAUAAUACAAAUGACACGUCAAUACCUCAUGUUUAUAGGAUUCCUAUUUACUCGAUCAUGGCAAUAAAAUCAUUGAUAGCUGUCUAUAUGAACAAAUAAAAAAUCAUAAUAUACAAA